UUAAACCCUAAACACCAAAAUCCCCAAAUACUCUCUCUUUCUCUCUCUCUCUCUCUCUCUCUCUCUAAGAUGGUGUGGUUCCAGUGCGAGGACUGCGGGGAGAACUUGAAGAAGCCCAAGCUGCUUAACCACUUCCGUAUUUGCUCAGCAACCAAGUUGUCGUGCAUUGAUUGCGGAGAAGUAUUUGGGCAGCAAAGCGUUCAAGGUCACACUCAGUGCAUUACGGAAGCGGAAAAAUAUGGUCCGAAGGGCCAAGGGAAAGCUCCAAAUGGAAUGGCUGCAAAGCCAAAAAAUGAGGCAAAGCAGAAACCGGAUUUUGAUGUAAAUGUUGGAUUAUCUGAACGCCCUCCAUGGUUUUGUAGUCUCUGUAACACUAAGGCUACUAGUAAGCAAACCCUGCUUCUCCAUGCUGAGGGUAAAAAGCACAGAGCGAAGGCCCGGGCUUUCCAUGCAGCUAACAAACAGCCUGAACAGGCAGAAAAAUCCACUCCAAAUGUCGUGGCCUCACCAGAAAGCAACCAAAAGGAUGAAUUGCCCAGCAAUAGAAACAUAGAGCCACCAAAGGGAGAAAAUCUCCCUAAAGUUGCUUCUAUGCACAGCUCUGAAGCAGAAAAUUGGAGUGUGCAAUCAAGUAAAAAAAGAAAGCUGGAAGCAACUGAAAAUGAUAGCACCAGGGAUGUGUCCGGAGGUGCAGUGUCAGGUGAAUUAGGCAAUGGGGAAGUGAUUCAGGUUGAAAGAGCAGAGAAACAAAAAAGCAAGCAUGAAGAUAAGAAAGCUAAGCACGGUGUGACGGAAGAGCAUAAAGUAGUGGAGGAUAGCUCAACCAAAGAAGAUGCAAAGAAGAAACUUAAGUGGAAGAAAUUGAUCAAAUCAGCCUUGAAAUCGAAUCCGGAUGGAGUUCUGAAAUUGAGGAAACUGAGAAAACUUGUUCUGGGCUCUCUAAGAGAGUCUGGUUUUAUAGAGGAUGAAAGCCAACUCGCAGAUAUGCUUGAGCAGAAGAUCAAUUCAAGCUCCAAGUUCACUGUUGAUGGCAAAUACGUCCGUUUGGUGGCCAAAAGUUGAGGAUGCCUUUUUUGUUCUUACUAGGAGAUUGGAAACCCUCGAAGCUUCACCUGCCGCCUACUGUAGUAUCUUUUCCAUUGCAAUCCUUUCUUUAUCGGGCAAGUGGCAAGCAUUCAAUUGGCUAUACUUUUCGGAUCUUUUGAUCGAGUUCUAUAUAUUCAUCUGUUGUUGGUAUGGAAAAUCUGGGGUUGUCUUGGAACAAGACCAAUUGUUUUUCUCCUGCAUUUUCUUUCCUGUAAGAAGGGUUUGGAAACAUUAGUAACCUAGUGUGAAUUCAGUUUUGGUGAAUUAACAAUCUGUUGGAAAAUAGGCGAGUGCAAAAGGACUUAUUUUACUUUGGAUGAUAUUCGAUAAUGGAAUUCAAAUGAUGUUAUUGUUA